GCCGGGCCAUGGCGCUGCUGCGGGACGUGUCGCUGCAGGAUCCGCGGGAUCGCUUCGAGCUGCUCCAGCGCGUGGGAGCCGGGACCUAUGGCGACGUCUACAAGGCCCGCGACACGGUCACGUCUGAACUGGCCGCGGUGAAGAUCGUCAAGCUAGACCCAGGGGACGACAUCAGCUCUCUCCAGCAGGAAAUCACCAUCCUUCGUGAGUGCCGCCACCCCAAUGUGGUGGCCUACAUUGGUAGCUACCUCAGGAAUGACCGCUUAUGGAUCUGCAUGGAGUUCUGUGGAGGGGGGUCCCUGCAGGAGAUUUACCACGCAACUGGGCCCCUGGAGGAACGGCAGAUAGCCUAUGUCUGCCGGGAAGCACUGAAGGGGCUCCACCACCUGCAUUCUCAGGGGAAGAUCCACCGUGACAUCAAGGGCGCCAACCUUCUGCUCACUCUGCAGGGCGAUGUGAAGCUGGCGGACUUUGGGGUGUCAGGGGAACUGACAGCAUCUGUGGCCAAGAGGAAGUCUUUCAUUGGCACACCAUACUGGAUGGCACCGGAGGUAGCCGCUGUGGAGCGCAAGGGUGGCUACAAUGAGCUGUGUGACGUCUGGGCCCUGGGUAUCACUGCCAUCGAGUUAGGCGAGCUGCAGCCCCCACUAUUCCACCUGCACCCCAUGAGGGCCUUGAUGCUCAUGUCGAAGAGCAGCUUCCAACCACCCAAGCUGAGAGACAAGAUGCGUUGGACCCAGACUUUCCACCACUUCCUAAAGCUGGCCCUGACCAAGAACCCCAAGAAGAGGCCAACUGCUGAGAAACUUCUGCAGCACCCAUUUACAACCCAGCAGCUCCCUCGGGCCCUCCUCACCCAGCUCCUCGACAAGGCCAGUGACCCCCAUUUGGGAACCCCUUCCCCUGAAGACUGUGAGCUGGAGACAUAUGACAUGUUUCCAGACACCAUCCAUUCCCGGGGGCAGCAUGGCCCACCUGAGAGGACCCCCUCUGAGAUCCAGUUUCACCAAGUGAAAUUCGGUGCCCCACGCAGGAAGGAGACAGAUCCUCUCAGUGAACCGUGGGAGGAGGAAUGGACGCUGCUUGGAAAGGAGGAGCUGAGUGGGAGUCUGUUGCAGUCAGUCCAGGAGGCUCUAGAGGAGAGGAGCCUGACCAUCCGGCCAGCCUCAGAACUCCAGGAGCUGAAUUCCCCAGAUGAUGGCAUGGGAACCAUCAAGCGGGCCCCAUUCUUGGGGCUGCCAUCCUCUGAGCCAACUCCUGAGGACAAUACUCAGUUCAGCCCCCCAGGAACCCCGCCCCCACCUCCACCCAGCUCCAGCAGCCCCCCACUGCUGCCCACUGCCUGGGCCACCCUGAAGCAGCGGGAGGAUCCCAAGAGGUCAUCCUGCCAUGGGCUUCCCCCUACUCCCAAGGUGCAUAUGGGCGCCUGCUUCUCCAAGGUCUUCAACGGCUGCCCGUUGCGGAUCCACGCCGCUGUCACCUGGAUUCACCCUGUGACUCGAGACCAGUUCCUGGUGGUGGGGGCGGAGGAAGGUGUCUACACCCUCAACCUGCAUGAGCUUCACGAAGACACCUUGGAGAAGCUCGUCUCCCAGCGCUGCACCUGGCUGUACUGCGUGAACAAUGUGCUGCUGUCACUCUCAGGGAAAUCCACUCAUAUCUGGGCGCAUGACCUCCCGGGCCUGUUUGAACAGCGGAGACUGCAGCAUCAGGCACCCCUUUCCAUCCCCACCAACCGCCUCACCCAGCGCAUCAUCCCCAGGCGCUUUGCACUGUCCACUAAGAUUCCCGACACCAAGGGCUGCCUCCAGUGUCGUGUAGUGAGAAACCCCUACACAGGCAGUACCUUCCUGCUGGCCGCCCUGCCGGCCAGUCUGCUCCUGCUGCAGUGGUACGAGCCGCUGCAGAAGUUCCUGCUGCUGAAGAACUUCUCCAGCCCCCUGCCCAGCCCAGCGGGGAUGCUGGAGCCGCUGGUGCUGGACGGGAAGGAGCUGCCACAGGUGUGUGUGGGCGCCGAGGGGCCCGAGGGACCAGGCUGCCGUGUCCUGUUCCACGUUCUGCCCCUGGAGGCGGGCCUGACACCUGACAUCCUCAUCCCACCUGAGGGGAUUCCAGGCUCAGCCCAGCAGGUGAUUCAGGUGGACAGGGACACAGUCCUGGUCAGCUUUGAACGCUGUGUGAGGAUCGUCAACCUGCAGGGCGAGCCCACUGCCACACUGGCCCCUGAGCUGACCUUUGACUUCCCCAUUGAGACUGUGGUGUGCCUGCAGGACAGCGUGCUAGCCUUCUGGAGUCACGGCAUGCAAGGCCGCAGCCUGGACACUAAUGAAGUGACCCAGGAGAUCACAGAUGAGACGAGAAUCUUCCGAGUGUUGGGGGCCCACAGAGACAUCAUCUUGGAGAGCAUUCCCACCGAUAACCCUGGGGCACACAGCAACCUUUACAUCCUCACAGGCCACCAGAGCAGCUACUGAGCUGUUGCCAUGAAGGGCAGACCUCAUGAGGGGUGUUAGGGGGUAGGGAGGGGAGGCAGCCCACCCCCUCAGCAAUAACCGGACUGGAGGAAGCUGUGGCCACCUGCCUUCCCUUGCCAACAGUCCCCUGGUGCUGGGGGCCUCUGGGCAGGAUGGGACUGCUCCAAUUCAUUCCAUUUUGUCUCACGUUUCCUUUCCACUGUUUCUGCCAAGAGCCUGCCCUGGGCUCUGUCCUAGGGAACAUGUAUUUAAGAGAGAGAAUUAUAUUGGUAUUAAAGCUGGUUAAUUUUA